GUUUGAUGGAUUUUUGUGAGAGGGAUGGACUGCGCUGACCUGGCUGGUAGUUGAUAAGUGGUGUAGCCCGGACCGGAAUUACACUUCCCCCGAUCUCAACUUCCACCGCCUCCCAAUCGGGCAAUAUCGGUCUCGACUCGCUGCCUCGUCCUCGAAUUCACCUAUGCGCCCCCCAGCUCUCUAUAAUAUACCCCUCCUCCACCAAGCCUCUACACCCAUAUAACCAAACGCCCAUCCUACCCUCUAAAGUCCAAGUAAACCACCAAACCGAACCACACGCACCUCACGCCACAGAGAGAGGACAAAGGAAGCGCAACCAUGGCGCAGGCGAAACUCAUCGACAUCUCUGCCCCAGGCGAGAAGCUGAGCGAUGAAGACGCGCGCCCGCUGCGCGAAGAGGUCGCGCGGCUGCUGGGGAGGAGUCAGAAGGGGUUUCCGGGGGCGCAACCGGUUAGCUUCUCGAGAAAGCAUAUUGGGGAGUUGAUGAAGCAAGAUUACUACGUCUGCGAAAAGUCCGACGGCCAACGCUACCUCCUCUACUGCACCGCGGACCCCACCAACGGCUCCGAAGCCCACUUCCUCAUCGACCGCCGCAACGACUACUGGUACAUCCCCAACCUCCACUUCCCUCUCAAAGACGACCCUUCUUUUGCCUCCUUCCACACCAACACUCUCAUCGACGGCGAGCUCGUCCUCGACAACCUCCCCACCGGCCUCCGCGCCACCUACCUCGUUUUCGACUGUCUGACUCUCGACCGCAAACCCCUGAUCAGCCGGACAUUGGAUAAACGACUCGCGUAUUUCAAGGACGGGGUGUUUGCGCCGUAUGAGGAGCUCCUGAGGAGGUUUCCCGAGGAAAAGCCGCAUAUGCCGUUUGAAGUCCAACUAAAAGAUAUGCAGCUCCCCUACGGGUUGGAGAUGAUGUUCCGCGCCGUGCUCCCCGGGCUACCGCAUGGAAACGAUGGGUUAAUCUUCACAUGUCGCGGGGCAGCGUAUCGGUACGGUACUGACCCCGGGAUCCUGAAGUGGAAGCCGGAGAACGAAAACAGUGUAGAUUUCUUGAUGCGUCUCGAUUUCGCGGUCGUCAAAGACGAGUCGGGGAGCUGGACAGACUACGACGCCCUCCCCGUCGUCAAACUCUUCGUCUGGACCGGCGACCGCGGUGAGAAGUGGUACGGCACCCUUCAUCUCGAAGAGGGGGAGUGGGAGGAUUUGAAGGCGAGGGGGGAGCCGCUGCAUGAGCGCGUGGUGGAGUGCUCGAUGGAUGAUAGUGGAAGAUGGAGGUUCAUGCGGUUUAGGGAUGAUAAGGAUAAGGCGAAUCAUAGUAGUACGGUGGAGAGUGUUAUUGAGAGUAUUAGGGAUCGCGUGACAGAGGCGGAGCUGAUUGGCGCGGCGGGGGAGAUUAAGGGAGAGUGGAAGAGGAGACAGGGGUUGAGGGAGGAGGAGGCGAGGAGGGGGAUGGGGAAGGGUGCGUAG